GGGCGCAGCGCCCGGCUCACUUGUCGCGGGCUCGCGGGUGCUGGCCGCGCUGGUCGCCGAGCCCCUCCCCGCCCCGGUGCACCCGCCAGGGGGGUGCCGGUGCCGUCGCCGCAGAGGAACGGAGGGCCCCGCGCGUCCGUCGGGCGGUGAUGCCAUGCGUGGGGUGCUGCCGCUCCUACUGCUGACCCUGGCGCAGGCCCUCUCCACCAUGGCGGCCGUCACCAGCACCAGACCAGCAGUCGUUUCCACCCCGCAGGCUGACCUCCAGUCCUGGUCCGCAGCCGUCACACAGUGGGUCACCCCGCAGCCGACGGCGGGCACGGCCGGCGCCAGCUCAGGCACGUCGUCAAGCGCGCCGCCAAGCCCAACUCCGCCCGCCGGCACCCCAGGCCCGGCGGGCACCAGCAGCCCCGCGGCCGGCGAGGUCAAGCACGCCACCGCGGCCGCCCACCCGUGGGGCGCGGGCCCUACCCGAAGCGCCGAGGGGGAGCUUAACGACGACGAGGACCCCCCCGUCAGCCUCCCGGCGUUUGAGUGGACGCCCGGCCAUGCGUCUCGCGGCGGCCCGGGCAGCGGCGACACUCCAGAGCGCGCCGACCUGGGCUGGGAGGCGCACCCCGUGCGCAACGGCCGCCCCCAGCGAGUGGACCGCGGCGAGGCCGAGGCGCCGCCGUCGAGCACGGCCGCGGUCUUCGACAACGACGCGCCGGGCUGGCGCCUCAUGGACCUGAAGAAGUGCGGCCUGAGCAGCGGCCCCGCGGCCGUCGCGGACCGCAUAGUGGGCGGCGUGGCGGCAGCGCUCGGCCAGUUCCCCUGGCUCGCCCGCAUCGGCUACAACCUCGACGGCGUGCCCAGGAGAGUGUACCGCUGCGCGGGCGCCGUCAUCACGCACUUUCACGUGCUUACAGCGGCCCACUGUGUCAAGAACCUGCCGGAAAACUUCGAAUUUGCCGGGGUGCGGUUGGGCGAGUGGGACACGACCACUGACCCUGACUGCCAAAACUCGGUGUGCGCCCCUCCAGUGUAUGACAUGGACCCUGAGUCGGUCAUCGUUCAUCAAGACUACAACAACCCCCGAUUCGCCAACGACAUAGCGCUGGUCAAGUUGGCCCAAAAGAUCAACUUUAACGGCUGGGUCGCUCCGGUGUGCGUCCCCUACGGCGACCUCCUGAGCAGGAGCUACGAGUCGGAGAGGACCGAAGUGGCAGGGUGGGGUAUCUACGACAUCAGUUUACAGAAGUCUAGCCAAGAGUUACGCAGAGUUCAUCUCCCGGUUGUAUCAAACUCCAUCUGCCACGCUUUGUACCGUAAUCAAGCAAAUAUCACAAAGAGGCAACUGUGUGCUGGUGGUGAACUAGGCUUUGAUGCAUGUUCUGGCGAUUCUGGCGGUCCACUCCUAAAAGUAGAAGCAUACAAUGGAGGACCAAGGUAUUUUAUUGUCGGCAUUGUAUCAUUUGGCUCUAAGCGUUGUGGACUUACACCAUCUCCAGGAGUAUAUACUCGAGUAUCCUACUAUGUUGACUGGAUAUUGGAUAACAUUGGCUAGACAUACUUCAUACCUUACUUGUACAACAGCAAUGUAAACAAUGUCAACAGGUGUAAUUGCCUCCAAAAAUUUGAAAUAUAGAACUAUAAUUGA